AUGGGAAAUUUGCCUAGUGGUAGAGUUAAUCAAGAUUUUCCAUUUAACAAUGUCGGCCUUGAUUAUGCUGGACCGUUUAUUAUCAAAGAUCGAAUAACACGCGGUGCCAGAUUUAUUAAGGUUUACAUUUGUAUUUUUAUUUGCAUGUGCACCAAGGCUAUUCAUUUGGAUCUGGUCUGCGAUUUAUCGACAGAAUCCUUUUUACAAACAUUAAAACGAUUCAGUGCUAGAAGAGGUCUUCCUAGUAAUAUAUUUUCGGACAAUGCAACAACAUUUGUUGGAGCAAACAAUCAUUUAAAAGAUUUAUAUAAAUUUUUAUUGGAAUCUAACGAAGAGAUUAGAAGUAAAUUAAUAAGUCAAAAUAUUAGCUGGCAUUUUAUACCAGCAAGAUCUCCUCAUUUCGGCGGACUGUGGGAAGCUGGAGUAAAAAGUUUAAAAUACCAUCUUCGUAGGGUGUUACGCAAGACAAAACUAUGUUACAAUUCAAUGUAUACAUUAUUAACACAAAUCGAAGCAAUUUUGAAUUCUCGUCCGUUAACUCCCUUAUCCUCUGAUCCAUCUGAUCUCAAUUCACUAACUCCAGCACAUUUCCUGAUCGGCAGAUCAUUAACAUCACUUCCAGAAAACUCAAUUUCCCACAUCCCAGAAAACAGACUAACAAAACUCCAGUAUCUUGAAAAGCUAAGGCAGCAUUUAUCGACAAGAUGGCACAAGGAAUAUCUAGGAGAAUUACAAUCACGGACCAAAUGGAGAAGACCAAUAGAACAAGAUAAUCUUAUAGGCAAACUGGUGCUUAUAAAAGAUGACAAUCUACCACCAUUAAAAUGGCGUCUUGGACGGAUCACAGAUAUACAUCCAGGCAAUGAUGGUGUCGUACGGGUUGUUACACUGAAGGGCCCCAAUGGAGAACUAAAAAGGGCACUAAACAAAGUGUGCAUUCUACCAAUCAAUAAUGAAAUAUCUUAA